AUGGAUUUUGUUGUGGGAUUGCCACUGACACUAAGGAAAAAAGAUGUCAUAUGGGUGAUUGUAGAUAGAUUGACUAAGUCAGCUCAUUUCAUACUAGUGAGAACUGAUUACUCAUUGGAGAAAUAUGCAGAACUAUACAUCAAUGAAAUAGUUCGGUUACAUGGAGUACCUCUUUCCAUUAUUUCAGAUAGGGACCCGAGGUUCACAGCUAGAUUUUGGGAAAAAUUGCAUGAAGCACUGGGUACUAAGUUGAACUUUAGUACAGCUUUUCAUCCUCAAACAGAUGGGCAAUCUGAAAGGGUAAUUCAAACACUGGAAGAUAUGCUUAGAAAACUCAGUAAGGCUAAAUUGAUAGGUCCAGAUUUGGUGAGGGAAACGGAAGAGAAAGUUAGAACUAUCAAGAAAAGAUUGAAAGCAGCUUCAGAUAGACAGAAGCCCUAUGUGGAUUUGAAGAGAAAAGAUAUAGUAUAUGAAGUUGGAGAUAAAGUGUUUCUUAAAGUCUCUCCAUGGAAAAUGGUGCUUAGAUUUGGCAAAAAGGGAAAGUUAAGUCCUAGGUUUAUCGGUCCAUAUGAGAUAACUGAACUAUACAGAUCUGAUACUUCUCAUGUCAUUUCUUCUGAGACAAUUGAUAUUCAACCUGAUUUAACUUAUGAGGAGGAACUAGUGAAGAUUUUAGCACGAGAAAUAAAGAAGUUGAGGAAUAAGAAGAUUCCACUAGCGAAGAUUCUUUGGAGAAACUACAAAACAGAGGAAGCUACAUGGGAAAGUGAGGAAUUAAUGAGACAGCAACACCCCCAGUUAUUUAUGAUAGAAAGCUCAAAUGAGAAAACAGACAUAGAGUGA